AGACCAGAAACUUGAAACAUUUUCUUUCAUCUCUCUUCUCGGCUGCAUGCAGAAGACUGCUUGGAGCGAUGUCUGAGAAAAAGAUGCCAGUGAGCCGGAGGAACCAUCUCAAGAGUUUGCUGCUCCAGAUAGGUAAGAUGAUGCUGGAAGAGGAGGCCCGGGAGGCAGAGAUGGAGAAAAUAAAGUAUAUAGAGGAGAACUGUCCCACCCUCUCCAUGCCACGAUGCUCACAUGAGCUGCAGGAGCUGUGUCGGAAACUUCACAAGCAGAUUGAUCUGGUGGACGAGGAGCGGUAUGACUUGGAAAUGAAAGUAAAGAAAAAUGACAAGGAGAUUGAUGACCUGAAGAGGAAGAUUCAGGAUCUAAACGGGAGGUUUAGAAAGCCAGCCCUGAGGAGGGUGAGGAUGUCAGCUGACGCCAUGUUGGCUGCGCUGCUGGGCUCCAAACAUAAAGUGUCUCUGGACCUCAGAGCCAACCUGAAGCAGGUCAAAAAGGAGCUGAAAGAGGAGGAGAAGCAGACAGGCGAUUGGAGGAAAAACAUCGAGGACAAGGCCGGGAUGGAUGGUAGAAAGAAGAUAUUUGAAACAGAAGCUUAAAUGUUCUGGUGUUGAUCUUUGAAUAAGUUUGGAUGUGAUGUUAAUCCAAGUGUGCUGUUUUUCAUUAUGCAUGUUAAAGACAUAAUUAUACCACUUUGUUGAUGAUUGAAGCUAGAGCAUAAAAAAUAGCAAAGCA